UUGUAAACUACGUAGGUCUACCCAAUUUCCUGCCUCUCGUGUGAAGCGCAAGAUAGAGAGGUUCGUUCUUCGUUGUUCCCUUUUAGCCUCCGGGUUUUCGAGGCCAUGCUUCGUGGUAGUGCACUCCUCCGCUUCAAACUCAUAGUGAGUGGCUUGACGGUUCCUUGGGUUAUUGGUGGAAAAAAGGAACAACGUGGUUGGGACCACACCAUUUUUUGCUCUCUGAUUGAGCCUCAAGUUCAAUGAACAGGACAAAUUUUGUGAUCAAUUCCAUUCAAAUAGUUGUCUAGAGUGCAUAGAAAAGUCGCUUUUCGAGGCUGAUCAAUGGACAAUGGAGUGCUUGGAGAAGGAUCGACAUUCAUCGGGCGACACUGUUCGAAUGAGCCAGUUCCGAGAGAACAAUAAGCCCUGUAUUUGUAAUGGCGUACCCAAGAUGUGGCAUGACUUGCCCUUGAUUGAUGACGAUAUGGAAGAGACUGUACGGGACACUCUGGCCACGGUUGCCACGGAUCAGGGAACCCAAACCGGAUUCAUGCCCCGAGUCCAAGUGAAUCCCACCAAGGGUGGAUCAGUGAAGUUCAGUGAUGACAAUUCCCCUCGGGUGAGACGAUCCGAGGUGUCCAUGUCAAGGACACCGGGGAAUUCUGCCGAAUCCAGGUGGAACCUCUCGACCUUUGAUCACUUUUGCGAAACUACAAGUCUUCACGGGUGGAAGUUCCUCGGACAAUCCCAACCCUCUCGCAAGCUAUUGCGCUUUGGGUGGAUGGGCGUGGUUUUGGGAUCCAUUGGGGUGUCCAUUUUCUUCUUAUCCAAUUCGAUGAUGGAUUUCAAAUCGUCGACCGUUCAAACUACUCAAGAUACCUCCAGGGGCUCCCUCCAAAAAGUGUUCUUCCCUUCCGUGACUUUAUGUAAUAUCAAUCAAGGUCGAAGUUCUUUAUUUCGCGAAGUGGGUCUUUCCCAGAACGAGACUCUCUUGAGGGCGGUGUUAAAACAGGCCUACUUUGGUGCGAAUAAACCACUGAAACCCGACCUGUUAAGGGCUGUCAAAGCAAUUUUUUCUAGUAAAGAUGUGCUAAAAAAAGGCAUCCUCGGCGAUCUCAUGUGUGAGAGCACACCCUACAGACAAAAGGCUUUCAAUGAGCGGGAUCUUAUCCAAUGGGAAAGCUUCGCCAAUGAAACGUACAUUUCCGAAGCAGGAUGGUAUUUCAAGACAUUGGCUGUGCAAGAAAUGGGCGAAAAUUUCGUGUUGAGUGCCUCUUAUCGUCGAAUUGCCAAAGAUACUCAGAGGUUCACGAGUCUCCUUCCGUUCUUCGGUACGGACUAUGGACUUUGCACUUUGAUCAAGCCACAGAUUACGUUCAACCGGGACUUGGAACAGAUCCCUUUUGCCUUGCUCAUGAAGAACUUCACGCCCACCAUUCAACCGGGAAUCCAAUUGGGCAAAGAGAAUGGACUCUCCAUACUCUUGGACACUGAGGUCUACGACUAUGGAUUCUCACCUCAACGAGGGGAAGGCUUCAAGUUGGCCAUUCAUCAUCAUAUGGAUCAGCCGAUCAUGGCCUUGUCCGAUGUCGACAUUAGUCCGGGCUUCGUGACCCAAUUGUCCGUCACGCCCACGUUAACUUUGACCACCAACGAGGCCCGAGAGAGAUUUACGCCCACGGAAAGAAAGUGCUAUUUUGACGAUGAAUUCAGAUUCAAAUAUUUGCCACAAGAGUUAUAUAGAUAUGGGCUUUCGAAUUGUUUGUUCUCGGCGACGUACCAUAAGAUUAUUCAAACCUGCCAAUGCGUGCCGUUCUUCCACACGCUGGCUUAUGAUGAUUAUCCGGCCAUUUGUGCGGGUACGAGCUUAUUGUGCAUGAACUCGAUCCUAAUGGAUAUUGGCUCGCACACCCACGCUGAGGAUAGCCAAGGCGUGUCUCGGCCUUGCUACUCCUCGUGUCAAGAUCAAACCAACAAAAUGGCCGUCACCACGUCCGUGUUCCCCAAUCAGAACACGUUCACCCUGGGUCCGGAAUUCUGCAUCCUCUACCAAAAACUGUUGUCCACUUGUCGUACCAAGAAGAACGUGACUUUGGAAGAGCGAUACCCGAACAUUUGCAGCCUGGUUUUCCGCAACGAAAGCCGUUUGUGCGUGAAAGGCCAGGCCUCGUGGUAUAUGGACGGCCAGAAUCCGGCGGACGGAGAUGAGUACGUCUUGGAGACCCAACAGACCACCUUACUGAAGGAUCAGGCCCUUAUGAGUGCCAUGUAUGCGUAUGCCCGAGAGAAUCUGGCUUUAGUCAACGUGUACAUCAAGGACCCGGCUGUGACCCAAAUCAAGCGGGAUCAGCGGAUCCCCGUGAUCUGGUUCAUUGCCAAUGUGGGUGGCAUCCUGGGUCUGACCAUGGGCUGCAGUUUGGUGACGGUGUUCGAGAUCCUCCAUCACAUGUUCCUGAUCUUCUUCCGAACUGGCAGGAAGUCCCUUAAGCGAGUGAACCAGUCUCUGCUCAAGCCUCGAUGAGAAGCGUUGGUAGAGAGGUUGGAAAGGGUGCACUUACUUCUUUCCGAUCAAGAAAUCAGAUGCCGACAUGCUAGACAAGGGUUGUGAAUUGAGAGAUUAGCUAGCUGAGCAGAAUGUACAGUACGUAUUUGGACAAAACAGAUGCACGUUCAUUCCUGAAGAAAAAGGAAAAUAAGCUUGGCUUGUUUCAUGCUUACCUUUGAAAUAUGAAUCGUGCAUGCAUGAAGAUGGCUUCUCCUAGCAAUAAAUGAGACAGUUCAAUAGUUUUAUGGAACUGUUCUUCAAGAAUUUACCUUUUCAGAGAUCGUAAUCCUGUUUUUAUCGGUUUGAAUUACCUUAUGUUAAUGAGUGACAAUCCUGAUUUACAUUUCAAAUCCCUUAGCUGGUUUUCCAGUGAGUCAACUUCCAUAGUCUAAUAAUCAACGACUGAAGUCUGUCGAGAGUGUUGCCAAACGGGCAGAAAAACUGGUUGAAGUGUUGAUUUUCCUUCAACACUGACCGCCUCUUUGCUUUCCUGUUGAUCAAGCCCCAUUUGGCUUAUUGCAAAUGGCAUAUAAGUUGCAGUGCGUCAACAAGAGUAAAAGCUGAUAAAAAACUGAAGAAAAUGAAAUAAAAUCGGCCCACAGCCAACCGAUACCGUCGUCUCAAAUGACAGAAUAAGGCAAGAAAGGUGGCACAACGAAGAAUUAAUCAAAUGGGACAAUCCCGUGUUCUCGGUGGAAAUCAACUUUUUUACGAUUUCCAGAGGAAAGAAGUCGAUGGGGAACAAGAGUUUGCCAAAGACUGGCGGACAUCUUGGUCCACAAAACAGCUGGUAACCCUUUCACACACGUCACUGACCAUCUAAAUCACAUCUUCCGUGGUAAGGAGGUUCAUGGCGGAGAUUCUGUAGAAGUUGACCACGUGGUCAUCAAUUCUACCAACGAAGGCAGACCUGACCACUUAAACUGAUCCGAAUUUCCAGACCUAAGGACUCCAUCGACCUUGGGAUCGACUCCAGAAAAUCAAAAAAGCAUUUUAUUAUUACGGAGGGAGCAUACUCAAGCAUAGUGCGUAUAUACAAAGAUAUUCCGUUCCACGUUACAAAAUGCCGAUUAUGGGUCCCCGCGACGCAAUUGCGGCAAGUUUACGUUUUCUCAGUGAAUAUUUUUCCUCUGAGUCGUUUUUGAAGGCUCAAGGGUGUCGUCCUGGCAUCAAUUUUUGAAAGGAUCUAUCAAGCAAAAUAUAUGUACAGUAUAUUGCCAUUUUGCACACUCAAUAUCCGGUUGCUUGUAGGACAACAAAAAUCAUCAAUUCUAGCCAAAUCAUUGUUGUUCUGCAACUUCCUUCCAGAUGUUACAAUCUUGUGUCUCGCAGUCUCGAUCCCCAAUUUAUUGUGGAUACUUAGCCUCCCAGACAUGACUUUAAGAGGGCAAUCAAAAGUGGAAUGUUCGCUUCUAGAUUGCCGGGCAACCUCGAAAAUAGCUCUCUAUUGCGUCCUCCUAUCCAAUGACAAAUUCGGUCACCGUCGCCCUAGCCUCCUCGCAAUUUCGACCCUUUGAAUUGGGAGCCGAUAGGACA